AUGCUUGGAGAAAGAGGUCCGCUUGAUUUGGGUAUUCCUGAUAAUUAUUCUGUAGCAGAGGCUAAGAGAAAUAGGAGAAGAAGGAACCAUAGAGUGGAUAUUCUGAAUCAGGUAGAAGAAGAAAUAAGUAAGCUUGGCAACCAUCAAGAUGAAGAUAUGGCUUUAUGGAAGCUUUCUGCAGGCAAUUACAGGGCGAAUUUCUCAACAAGUAAAACUUGGGAUCAGUUACGUGAGAAGAAGCCUACCUGUGAUUGGCAUAAGGGAGUCUGGUUUUCUCAAUCAACCCCUAAAUAUGCUUUUAUGAUGUGGAUCACCUUGAGAGGGAGAUUGCAAACAAUGGAUAAAAUGAGGCAGUGGAAUAAUUCUGUAAACCCAGUCUGUGUUCUUUGUGAUGAAGCUUCAGAAUCAUGCGCUCAUCUCUUCUUUGAAUGCAAAUAUUCAGAACGUGUUUGGAGAAACCUAGUUGAAGGACUCAUGCAAGGAGGAUAUACAGCAGUGUUAAGGGAGCUGGUAGAGAUAGUAUCAAAACCAUGGCUAACACCCAUCAAGACUUUUAUUCUCAGAUAUGCGUUGCAAGCUACAAUGCAUACUGUAUGGUGGGAAAGGAAUGCUCGCAAGCAUGGAGAGAGACCAAGAGAUUUGGAUAGCCUGACAAAGCUGGUGGAUAAAAACAUACGAUUGAAGCUUCUUGCAGUCAAAGGGAGAGGGAAUUUUUAUACAGAGGGUUUAAUAACUUGGUUUGGGACAAGAGCUUGA